CAAUAUAUACCAAACACAUUCCUUCUCGCCUAGAUCAAGCAUGGCCUUCACCAUCAUCCUCUCAACCUUCUUCUUCCUCCUCCCUCUCAUCUUCCUCCUCCGCUUUCGAAAAACCAAAAAACUCAAUCUCCCACCAGGUCCAUUCAAUCUUCCUCUCAUCGGAAACAUCCAUAAAUUAGACGAUCUCACUCACAUUUCCCUACACAAACUCUCCCAAAAACACGCCCUUAAUGUACCUCAAUCGGCACCGUCCCAACCAUCGUCGCCGCGUCAUCCCAAAUCGCCAAAGAAAUCCUGAAAACACACGACUUGUACACCUGCAGCAGACCUAAGCUCACUGCCACCAACAAACUCUCCUACGGAUCCUCCAACAUUGGAUUCUCACCUUACAAUGAUCAAUGGAAGGGUCUCCGCAAAAUUUUCACUAAUCAUAUUUUCAGUUCGAAAAGGGUCGCGUCUCUUAAAUCAAUAAGGGAGGAGGAAGUAGGGAGAAUGAUUAGUUCGAUACGUAGUAAGAAUUCUGAGUUUAAUCUGCACACGGAGUGUCUUCGUCUUACGAAUGAUGUCACGUGCAGAACUGCGCUUGGGAGGAGAUAUUAUGGAGGGGAGAAAGAUGAUCGUGAGAGGAUCCUGCACGAACAGCAAGCGUUGAUUAUGGGAUUUUUCUUUGCUGAUUACGUGCCGUUUUUGGGGUGGUUGGAUAAGUUUACGGGGAUGAGAGGGAGAUUGGAGAGGAAUUUUGAGGAGCUUGAUAGGUUUUAUCAGAAGGUGGUUGAUGAACAUAAAGAGAGGGAGAGGAGGGAGGAUGAGAGGGAUGAAGAUAUUGUGGAUUUUAUGCUUGAUUUGCAGAAGGAAGGAAUGGGUCUCAGUGAUGACAACAUUAAGGGAGUCCUAAUGGAUAUAUUCUUCGCUGGAACAGAUGCAGCCACGGUAACAUUAGAGUGGGCAAUGACAGAGCUCAUGAGACACCCAGAAGUCUUGAAAAGAGCGCAGGCUGAAGUAAGAGAUCUCGUCGGAGACAAAGGGAAGGUGGAGGAGACGGACCUCCACCAAUUUCACUACCUGAAACUAGUAGUGAAGGAGACGCUGAGAAUACACCCUCCGGGUACAUUGCUCCUCCCGAGGGAAAUAACUCAACAAUGCAAGAUCAACGGCUACGACAUCCCGGCCAACUCAAGAUUGUUCGUCAACGCGUGGACGAUCGGGAGAGAUGCGGGUGUCUGGGAAAAUCCUGAGGUGUUCCGCCCAGAGAGGUUCGUCGACAGCCCCAUCGAUUUCAAGGGCCAUCAUUUCGAACUGAUACCGUUUGGUGCAGGCCGCCGUAUUUGUCCAGGAAUGGAAAUUGGGCUGUUGGUUGUGGAGCUCGCGCUUGCUAAUCUUCUUUAUGUUUUUGAUUGGGAGCUGCCCGAUGGGAUGGUGAAAGAGGACUUGAAUAUGGAUGAAGCUCCUGGGGUUGACGUCGCCAAAAAAGCUCCUCUCUUCCUUGUGGCCAGAAAAGUUUAUUAAGAUGGAAGAGAAGUAUAUGAACAUUUCAAUUGUACGUACGUGUGCUUUUCAUAAUGAUGAUUGGGAUUUGAUGUUAGGAUUUGUUGUGAUAAUCUUUGGGAUUUUAGUAGUUUGUUGUUUUAUUUAAAUAAGAUUGUAGUCCUCUACAGAUGAUUAAAUACUUCACAA